UGAAAAAAAAAAUGAAAAAAAAAGACUCGACUUCUUGGUUGGUGUGCUACACACUUCUGAUUUCUCAGUUGUUCUUCUCAAGUCGUCUCUAAGUUUUGUCCUUGGAAGAACAAAGUUUCAACUUGCAGGCAGCUUGAGGCUUCAAUAUGAGGCGGCAUACUGUGAAAGAUGAAGAGAUGGGAACCUCAAAUGUAAGCUAUGAAAUAGAGGAAGAUGGAGGAGAUUCAGAGGAAGAAAGAGAAAGAGAAAGAGAAAGAAAAACCUUUCUUUAUAAAUGGGUUAAGAUAUUCAUAGUGUUAUUAGCCCUUGCAGUGUCAUUACUGGAUCCUCUCUUCUUUUAUAUUCCUGUGGUCAAGAAUGAUAGCAAGAAGUGCAUUAGUAUGGACAAAAAGUUGGAGACCAUAGUGAUUGUUUUCCGUUCACUGGUAGACCUCUUCUAUGCGUUUUUCAUCGUUAUUCGACUUCACCAUGACUUUUUUGCUCCCUGUUAUAUGAUGUAUAAAGAAGGUGAAUUGGUUGAGCAUCUCUGGGAAAUAGCAAGUAAAUACUUGCUGCGUGCCUUACCACUUGACUUUCUAUCUGCUUUUCCCCUUCCGCAGGUGGUUCUUCUGAUCAUUGUCCCAACGAUGAGGGGAUCGAGGUUUUUGAAAGCAAUCUACUUGUUGAGAUCUGUUGUCCUUUGCCAGUAUGUGCCAAGGGUUCUCAGAACAUACAGUUUUGCGACUUCAGGUUCUUUUGGUGAACCUGCAAAGGCCAGAGCUCUGUUCAGUCCAUUUCUCCUCAUGCUAGCUAUCAAUGGAAUGGGAGGCCUAUGGUACUUUCUCUCCAUAGAAAGAUUGACGCAAUGCUGGCAUGAAGCCUGUGAAAACCAAGUUGGGUGUCUCAACUUGUUUCGCUGCAAGGACAAUAAUAUUGGAGACCUUACAUUUCUAAAUGAUUUUUGCCCUAGAGAUGCACACAAGACAGAGUUCUUUGACUUUGGAAUGUUCAGUGAUGCUCUUGAGUCUCGUAUUGUGGAGACUAGAGAUUUUCCAAAGAAGUUGUUGUAUUGUCUCCAUUGGGGUCUGCUAAGCUUGAGCUGCUUUGGUCAAAACCUCCAAACAAGCACCCAUGUCUGGGAAAACGUAUUUGCAAUUUCCAUUAUCACGUUAGGAUUGCUUUUGUUUUUAAUUCUCCUUGGAAACCUGCAGGCAACCCUGCAGGCUCGAAGUGCGAGAAAAGAAGAAAUGAGACGGCAAGCUCAAGAGAUGGAACAUUGGAUGCCAUUCAAAAUGGUCCCUGAACAUCUGAAAUCCCGGGUUCGGAGAUACCUGCGCUAUAAUUGGCUGGAAAGUAUAGGAGAUGAUAUGGAUAAAUUCCUUGUUAAUCUUCCCGAGGACCUCAGGAAGAGGAUAAAGAGUGAACUCCAUUUGAAAUUAAUCAAAAUGGUGCCUAUAUUUGAGAAAAUGGACAAACCAUCGUUGGAAGCAUUGUGCGACCGUCUCAAGGCAGUUAUUUACACAGAGGAAAGCUACGUAUUUCGGGAGGGAGAAGCAGUCACUGAGAUGCUCUUCAUCAUGCAAGGCAGGGCAAUUGCGACCAAUGGUGAUAGGGAUGGCUUCUAUAACUCUGCAUUUCUCGGAGGUGGUGACUUCUGUGGUGAAGAACUUCUCACUUGGGCUUUAGAGCCUCACUCCACUUCAAGACUCCCCAUCUCAACCAGAAACGUCCGAACCAUUACAGAAGUCAAAGCUUUCACUCUCAAGGCAGAAGACCUGAAGUUUGUUGCUACUCAGUUUCAGUGGCUCAGCGAUAAACGUCUCCACCAUGUAUUCAGAUUUUACUCCUGGCAAUGGAGGACCUGGGCAUCUUGUUUCAUACAAGCAGCCUGGCACGCUUAUCGUAAAAGGAAACACCUAGAAGAGGAGGAGAAUAGGUUGCAAGAUCCAUCAACCCAAGCAUGUGGAAAGUCUCUAAAAGAUCCAUCAACCCAAGCAUGUGGGAAGUCUAUAAGUCUGAAUACCGCUAUUUAUGCCUCGCGAUUUGCAGCCAAUGCACUUCGUGCUACACGCGGUUGGAAGGCACAGAUGAUACAACAUACGUUGCUGCAGAAGCCACCAGCGCCAGAUUUCAGUUAUGAUGAACAAUAGGUAGGCUGAGUGAACAAAUGAUGAAAGGUAUCUCCACCUCCAAAUCCUCCUGGAGGAAGAUGAGAGCAGAGAGACCUGUUACGAGUAGAGAAACCUUCAAACUAUUCUGAUGAAUGCUCAAACAUGUUUCAACUA